CCGGCUGCAACUUACCUAGAGAUCGGCAGGAGCGACCUGUGCUUUCCCUAGGUGGUUUACGUAACAACCCGAAGCCUGAGGGCAGCUGAGUUGGGCAGUCAGCCUCAAUGGAUCCUUUCCGCGCAUCAAAUUAAGGCACCCGUACUUACCGCCGAGGCUUCCCGGCCACAUCCGGGGAUCGAUCGACAUGUGGCUUCCCGUCUUCCAGGUGGGGGAGUCUGACACAAUGCUAGCAGGGCAGGGGGUACCUCAACAUACGGCUGUCCAUGUCGCUCGUACUUGCUGCUGAGCUCGUUGUUCAAGUUUACACCUCAGCCCAGACUCAAGGGUUUUUCAAAACCAAUUUGGAAGUUCCCUGGGCUCCUGGGGUAAGGUCAUUCGUCGACUUUCAAAACCUAACCCUCAAUACCUGAACUGAGCAUUAACAACGAUCACAAACAUUAAUCAUGUCUCUCCGUCUCGCCCUUCAAGUCCGGUCUUGGAGACGUCCGCCGGUCAUCACACGAGACAACUCGCGGCGCACCAUCUCCAAGUCAUCAAUUCGAUGGGCCAAACCUGUACCCACGGCAGGGCAUGUCUUCUCGCCUCCACCGGUAGCAUGGUACUCAGACGAACGGGAAGAACACUACUGGAAGAAGAUACCCAGGUGGAAGCAUGUUACAGUCGAGCAGUUCCUCAGCCACAAGUGGCAGAUGGGAAACACGGUCCAAGGAGCCGCCGCACUGGUCGAAUUCCUAUCCUCGAUCCUGCCCGCGACGAUUCCUCCACAGGGAGACAUGGAACCUAGCCUUCGAAUUACCGACAUACAUACACGUGAGGAUUUCAUUGCUCGAGUGAAGGCGGGAAUCCAAAAGGCGCCCAUGGCCAUUCGUCUGUCACCUCACAUCCUCAGCGUGGUCAACUGGUCGGACCCGUUGAAUGACCCGAUCAGACGGCAGUUCAUCCCGGUUUCCUCUCCGCUGAACAUCGACCACCCGAUGGCGGUGCUUGACCCGAUGCACGAAGACGAAUACUCGCCUGUCAACGGUUUGAUCCACCGAUACCCUGACCGCGCUCUAUUUCUCGCAACAUCCGUCUGUCCCGUAUACUGCCGUUUCUGUUUCCGGUCGUAUACAGUCGGCACCGAGACCGAAUCUGUCAAGAAAAAGAAAUUCAUCCCACACCCAAAGAAGUGGGCGCCCCGGUUCGAGUACAUUGAGAAGACACCUUCGCCAGGGACAUCGUCGUCUCUGGAGCUGCGCUAUAUCGGCGAGCGCCUGGUCGAGAUUCCUCACAUCCGGCGGUUCAGGUUCGCAAGCAAGGGGCUUGGGGUUUCGCCCAUUCGCCUCAUCGACCCCAACGACACGUGGACGGAUACCGUCAUCGAGCUCGAUCGUCGUGCGCGCAAAGCCGGCAAGCAUGUCUGCAUCCAUACGCACAUCAACCACCCUAACGAGAUCACCUGGGUGACGAGGCGGGGCGCCCAGCGGCUGUAUGAGGCUGGGGUGACAGUGAGGAAUCAAUCUGUUUUGCUGAACGGGGUCAACAACGGGCUGGAGACCAUGACGGAGCUUGUCCAUGCGUUGGGGGACAUCAACAUUCAACCGUACUACGUCUAUCAAGGCGACAUUGUCCCGGGCGCCGAAGACUUGCGCACGCCGCUCAGCCACGGUCUGUAUUUGGAGCGGCACAUCCGCGGGCGCAUCGCAGGCUUCUACGUGCCGAAUUUCAUUCUCGAUCUCCCCGCCGAGGGCGGGAAGCGACUGAUUCGGUCUGUCGAGAACUAUGACCGGCGAAUCGGGCUGGCUACAUUCUCGGCCCCCGGGCUGAAAGGUGAGCCGACCGAGAUGCAAUAUUGGGAUCCGUUGUGGUCGCUCGAGCCAGACACGAGGGAAGAGGUUUUGGAGCGGUGUAAGAGGAAGUAAGGCAGUCCUCCAUCCAAAGUAUAGCUGGAUAGAGCAGGUCACGCCAUAAUGAAAAUGAGAAACUUCGGCAACUGCGAACGUCACUACAGCUCAGCAUGUAGUUAUAUUAGACUGUGG